AUGUACACGCCGAUUUACAACUCGCCGUUUCCCUCGCUAAAUCCGAGAGUUCGUUAUAAAACAGCGCUCGAAAGGGCCGGCUUUGAUGUGGCCUACAAUGGACAGCAACCCGACGUGUUGACUGGUGAAGGUGGACGAUCAAGAGCUCGUAGUGGUAAAGACGGCUGGCUGUCAAAAUUGGGGUUCAAAUCUGGUGAUACUGCGAGUGUGAGCGGUGCCAGUGCGCCUGCGCCUGUUCGUUCUCCGAUAAGUUUUGAAGGGCGUCGACAUGAAGAUCUUCACCAACAGCAACAACCAAAACCAGCCAUUUCUCAUCACAGCCCACAGCAGGGCCCCAAAGUUUUGCCAUUUGAAAGGGGACCAACUUCGACAGCGGCCGCAACGCAUGCUGCUUCAGGAUCGGUUCAAACCAGAGAACCUUCGGUUUUUGAUUUUGAGAGUAAUCCUUACUCAAGGUCGGGACAGCCAACUCAGACCCAUCAAUCAUAUCCUCGUCAGCCGGACUACGAGCUGCCCGCAAGAGUCUCGCCUCCCGACUCUCGGUCUGCCAGCGAACUUAACCCAGUUGAGCAAAGUUUUCUACAGCUUACUCAGAGCACAGAUUCCCUGAGAGACUCUGAUAGUGAUAGUGAAGCUCGUGCGAGGCAUUCCGAUGCGUUUUCUAGACCUCUGGUAGAAAAUGCGCCUGAGCAUAGCCCUAAAAGAGCUCAUAACUCUCACAUCAGUAACAGUGUUGAAAAUACGCCUUUUGCGAACCGCGAAAGCGAUGCCAGCCUCAGUUUCACACCUGUACCGGAGCUAGAGGUGUCUUUCUCACCACCAAGACCAACUCUAGCGCAGGAUCCGUCUAGUGAUCAAAGCAGCCGAGCCUCACCCGAGCUUUUGGACUCACGUCAAGCUUUGAGCGAUAGUUCCGUGAGUGCAGGAGAAAGCGACUACUUAGGGAAGUCAAAGGGUUUCUUGAAUACGAUGAACGCAUCUCAUGUUGCUGGUUACGGAGAAGGACCAAGGCAUAGAAAGUCGGCAUCUGAGAUGUCGGACGAAGAAGAGGAAGAGGAGGAAGAUCCGGUUUCGACAUUGAAAUCAUCUUUACAAGUUGAACGAUUGCUUGCUCAAUUAAAUGAUGUCUCUUUAAGUCGCAACUUGUCAAUCGACAAGCAGACGCGCUUGGCUGGGACUUCCAGCAACCAUAUCAAGAAAUCGAGUGCUUACCUUUCGGGGUUUAUUCCUCAAAACAAUAGCAGCAUCGACGCUCAGACUCUAGUAGUAGACAAUUCUCAUAUUUCCUUUGAAAGGAAUAACAAUUUGUCCCCAAUGUCUGACGGGACUCCAAAAUUUUAUCAUUUCAAGCAAGUUCCACACUCGCCUCAAACAGGCGAAAAAUCCAACGUAUUAGCUGGCCUUGCGAAUAGUGAAGAUGCCAACAAUUUUGAGCACAGCAUCAGACCUUCAUCCAAACUGCUGCAGCCAUUGCAAACGCCGAAGCUUGAGCGCACGCAACUCACACGGGCAAACACCGAAGAACCACUCAAUUCUUCAGAGCCCGCAAAAUCGAGCAAUUCACAUGUUUCACAUUCUGGCGAUCAAUUACGGGAUUCAAGCGAGACAACAUGGAAUUCUCAACACUCAGGUCCUGCCCCUGAGAACCCCACUCAAGAAAUUAAGUUUAGGCACAAACCAGGAGAGGGCCCUUGCAGGACAUGUGGGAAAGAAAUCGUAACUAAACGAGUUUUUUCAAAGAAAGACGGUGAACUGUCAGGUCAAUGGCACAGGGAAUGCUUCCAAUGCACCUGUUGCGACCUCCACUUCUCGAAAAAAGUCGCAUGCUACAUUCUGGAUGAUAUGCCCUAUUGUCAGUCACAUUUCCACCAGACCAACAACAGCAUAUGCACCGUGUGUAACGGAUUCAUCGAGGGCGAGUGUCUAGAGAACGACAGAUCCGAAAGGUUUCACAUUGAUUGUCUCAAAUGUUUCAAAUGCGGAGUUUUCAUCAAAGAAGACUACUUUUUGUUGAACGAUGAGUUGCCUAUCUGCGGUCAGCACGACAUGGAACAAAUCAAACAAGACUAUCUUUCCAGCGACAAUCUUGGCCGUUCCAAUACCAUUGCGAAGAGAAGGACCAGACUGAUAAACUUCCUCUGA